GUAUGCGUAUGUCGGUGUAGGACCGGCGCUCUGAGGGGCUCGCGCACGCUGCGUACAUGCAUUUGCGAGUGCUGCGCGGAGUGCGCGUGUAGUUUGUGACAUUAGAGGUGACUGGAACUGUCACACGCGAAACUACACCCUGCUUCAGAAUGUCAAAACGAGCAUGGGUGACGCUGGCCACAAACGACUCCUACGGCCUGGGAGCACUGGUCUUGGCACACUCCCUGCGCCGCGUUGGUUCCACGCACUCCACUGUGGUCCUCAUCACACCAUCAGUUACUGAAGCCAUGAGAGACCGUCUCCGCGCAGUAUUCACGGAGGUGGUGACCGUGGAUGUGUUGGACUCGCGCGACGCGGCCCACCUGGCGCUGCUGCAGCGGCCCGAGCUGGGCAUCACCUUCACAAAGAUCCACUGCUGGGGCCUUACGCAGUACGAGAAGUGCGUCUUCCUGGACGCUGAUACCCUGGUGGUACAGAACUGCGAUGAGCUGUUCGAGCGGGAAGAGCUCUCGGCGGCCCCCGACGUCGGCUGGCCCGACUGCUUCAACUCUGGCGUUUUCGUCUACACACCCUCCACUGCGACCUUCGACGCGCUCAUCAAGUUCGCGCAGGAGCGCGGCAGUUUUGACGGUGGCGACCAAGGGCUGUUGAACUCGUUUUUCUCGGACUGGGCACGAGGCGACAUCAACAAGCACCUGCCCUUCCUCUACAACGUCACGUCAGCUGCUUUCUACUCCUACCUGCCGGCACUCAAACACUAUGGUCAAGACCUGAAGAUCAUCCACUUUAUCGGCACGGCGAAGCCGUGGCUGCAGCCCUACGACUUCGAGGCGCGCUCCGUGUCCGCGCCCGACCACCUGCAGGGCCUGCUGCAGUUGUGGUGGGACCUGUUCGUGGGCCAGGUGCACCACCAGCUCGACACAUCCAUGCAUUCCAACCAGGACGUUAGUGUUUCAGAGGUUGAGGACCUUGAGGUAGAGGCCCCCCCGAUGCCCCCUCUGGACGCACACCAUUACGAGCCCAGCUUGGACCCGCAAUCUGAAUUCCGGUGGCAUCACCCGGACGUCCAACUCCAAGACGAAGCGGUAGCGGACAAACCUGACCUCACAGACUUCUACGAUCCCUGGCAGAAUUACAAAGGAAACAUCCCGCCCAAUCCAAACCCGGAAGUCUCGGAUGAUCACAAAGCAGUGAGAGACUACGCGUGGGAAUAUAAAGCACCGGCACACACCGAUGUGUGGCAGCCGCCCGUCGGCUACCAGCACGACGCCCACUGGCACGGCCAACCCCACCAUCACACGCACAGCCAUCACCAUACAGAUCCUUCCCGGGACCAUUCUCACAGUCACACCCAUCACCCCGACGAACACCACGGCUGGUACCAUCACCAUGAGGCAGGUCACUCUUUCACGAAUCACGAAACCCCGCACCAUCAUCACAGUGAAAACCACCACAACCACGGGCAGACUCACGCACAGUAUCCUCAUGAUCAUCACUACGAUCACACGAGCCAUCCUCACCAUAAUCAUACGCAUUCUGAACAGCCACACGAAUCAUCUAACUCGCAGUGGAGUAAAGGUUUUGAUCACACGCAAGUAGAGACUUCACGGGUUCACAUAGUACAUCACGUUCACAUAGACUACGGUAAUGAAAGAGGAAACGGGGAAGCCGGUGUGCCGGUAGCGAUAAAAGACAUGAACGGCGAUGCCUCCGAGACCGAAAGUUGUGAUCAUGAGGAUAUAAAACCGAGGCACCCGUACGACAACUACUAUCUAAAACAUAUAUCCACUAUAGAUUCAUACGGACGAAAGAUCUGUUCCCACGAAAUACCCCCUACCCCGUCGCCGUCUCUAUCACCAGAGUAUAUGACCCCCGACGAUUCAGAAGAGGAGGACGAAGCUCUCGAAAACCAGGCAACUCAAAGCGGAGUGGCGGGGAACCUGGCGCGAGUGGUGCCGGGCGCCGUCGCGCGCGACGCGCUAGACGAGCUGACGCGCCGCCAGGGCUGGGAGGCCGGCAACAUCGACUACAUGGGCGCCGACUCCUUCGACAACAUCUGGGCCAAGAUCUCGCACACUCUCAACCAGCCGAGGACGACCCCGCCCAAGGAACAGCCGAAGCAACCCUCGCCUCCGAAGCAGCCUUCGCCUCCCAAGGAGGCGCCGAAACAGCCCUCGCCUCCCAAGGAGGCGCCGAAACAGCCCUCUCCUCCCAAGGAGGCUCCGAAGCAGCCCUCGCCUCCCAAAGAGUCCGCGCCUAAACAACCGUCCCCGCCUAAAGAGGCCCCCGCGGAAAUGAAGCCCACCGAAGCCCCGGCGGAGGCCAAGCCCGCCGAAGUGCCGGCCGCGGAGCCGGUCGCCGAGGCGGCAGGUAAACCAACUCCCGUAUCUCCCGCCGCAGAGGUCCCGGCCCCCGCACCGGCGGAGGCCCCGGCGGCGCCCACCCCCGCGGCUGAAGCGCCCAUAGUUCCCGCAGCGGCUGUCCCAGUUGAAGCGGCGGCCCCCAUUGAAGCGGCGCCGGCGUCGGCCGCCGAGCCUCCCAAAGAGGAGAUUAAAGAAAAGACUGACAAACCCGAAGUUCCUCCCACACCACCGGCGACGCCAAAAUGUACUCCGGAGCCGUCCACCCCGGUCGCCGAAGCGCCCGCCGCCGCCGAGGCGUCGCUCGCAGCGGCCCCCGCGCCGCCGGCGACGCCGGACCGCAGCCUGGACGCGACGGCGGCGUCCAGCGACAGCCCGCCGCUCGCCAACACGCCGUCGAAGGACGACGCGCCCGUCGACCCCGCCGCCAAAUCGGAGGAGCGCGAGCGCAGAAAGAAGGUGGAGAAACUGCAGCUCAGCCCGCCGGCCGCCACUGAUCCGCUCGCCACGCCCGACUCCGAGCUCGAGGACGCCGCCGCGCUCGCGCAGUCCAUCAUCGCCUCCGAGCUUACUCCCACUGGGGCCGCCGAGCCGGUGUCGCUCGCGCAGAUCGGCGUCAAGCCUAAGGGGAAGUCCACUGCUGCACAAAUAGAAUCUUCCGUGGCCCCGGCUACACCUAGCGCGGCGGCACCGGCGACGCCAACCGCGGCGGCACCGGCUACGCCAACCGCGGCGGCACCGGCUACGCCAACUGCGGCAUCACCAGCUUCACCAACCGCGGUGGCACCAGGUACGCCUACCGCGGCAUUGCCAGCUUCACCAACUGCGGCGGCACCAGCUACGCCUGCCGCGGUGGCACCGGCUACGCCAACCGUGGCAUCGCCACCUUCACCUACCGCGGUGGCACCAACUACGCCUACCGCGGCGGCACCGGUUACACCAACCGCGGCAUCGCCACCUUCACCUACCGCGGCGGCACCAACUACGCCUACCGCGGUGGCACCGGAUACGCCAACCGCGGCAUCGCCAGCUUCACCAACCACGGCGGCCCCAGUUACGCCAACCACGGCGUCGCCAGCUACGCCUACCGCGGUAUCACCAACUACGCCAACCGCGGCAGCACCAGCUAAGCCUACCGCGGCGGCCCCAGCUACGCCAACCGCGGCGUCGAAAGCUACGCGUACCGCGGCAUCACCAGCUACGCCAACCGCGGCGGCAGCAGCUACGCCAAAUUCAGAAGCGUCCGCUAAGCCGAGCGCGGCGACACCCGUAACACCAAUCGCAGAAGCGCCCGCAACGCCUAGCGUGGCGACACCAGCUACUCCCAUCACAGAAGCACCCGCUACCUUAGGCUCGGCGGCACCAGCUACGAUAAGUUCGAAAACGCCCGCUACUCCUAGCGCUGCUACAGCCACUACGCCAGUGGCGGAAGCGCCCGCUACCCCAAGCGCGGCGGAACCCGCUACUCCCAGUACUCCAAGUUCGGAAGCACCCGCAACGCCGAGCUCAGAGCCUUCCACCCCUAGCGCAGAAGCGCCUUCCACCCCGACAACGGCGGAGGCACCUAAGGAUGCCCCCAAAAAGAAGAUCAUAAAGAAAGUCGUCAAAAAGGAGGGCGAUGCCCCGGUGCCCCCGCCGCGCAAGAAGGAAAAGAAACCCAAAGAAAAGUGAGCGCUCGCCACUCGACAGUUCCUCUGUGCCAUAUUUGUAACCUAUCUUUUCUACUUUAAUUGUUAUUCUUAAGUUUAUUUAAUUUUCGAAUAUGCUUUCAUGUGCCGCGUAACCCUAUACUAUGUUAGAUAUUAUUGUGUUAACAAUUUUUAUCACACAAUCAUAUUUAGUACUUUCUAGUCUAUAUAGCCCAGUCGAGUAAUGGUAGAUGCGAAAAUUGGAUAUUUAUUUUGUCUUAUUUAUACGCGAUGUUUAAAAACCUACUAUUAAUCAUAUUUUGGUUAUUCUUUGGAAUAAAUUGUUACACACCAAAGGAGUUUUAUAUGAGACGUAUUUAUUGAAACGAAAUUAUUGUAAUUUUGUAUGAAAUUAAAGUCUAUUUUGUAUAAAA